AUGGACAUAGCACCGCCACUAAUGGCGGCCACRCGGUGGCYAUUYUUUGUAUUCUUGGYCGRAUCAAUGUUCUGCCUCCUCUCCAACACCACCUGCCACCUCUUCGGCUUCCAUUCUCACAGCUUAAACCUCCAACUUCUCCAACUGGAUUAUAUCGACAUUGCAGUCAUGAUCAUCACCUUCUUCUUCCCACCAAUCUACUACAUCUUCCAGUGUGAUCCCCUUUCACAAUUCAUCUACCUUGGUGGGGUCACCGUCAUGGGUGUUUUUACGAUCAUAACCCUACUAUCACCAGUGCUCUCUUCCCCUUUGUUUCGUUCUUUUUGUGCUUUUCUGUUCAUGGCAAUGGGGCUUUUUGGGUUAAUACCCGCGAUUCAUGCCAUCAUCUUGAACUGGCACGAGCCACAGAGGAACUCGACUUUGGUUUAUGAAUCUAUCAUGGCAGCUUUGUAUUUGUUUGGUACUAUGUUUUACAUUUGUUGGAUCCCGAAAAGAUGGAAGCUUGGUUGGUUUGAUUUGGCUGGUCAUAGCCACCAAAUCUUUCAUUGUUUUGUGAUUGUGGGUGCAUUGGCUCAUUAUGAUGCAGCCCUUGUGUUUCUUGAGUUGUAG